CUCUCUCUCUCUCUCUCUCUCUCUCUCUCUCUCUCUCUCUCUCUCUCUAUCUCACCUCCCAAUUAAUAUUCUUAUUGGAUUUGUAGAACUGCAGCUCUUUCUGCUACUCUUUAACUUGUCGUUUCUCAUACUCAUGAUUUUCACUCAUCUUCUCCAACAUUAAAUCGCAACAGACGAUGAUGAAGGUUCCCAGCUCAUUCAAGAAAGAAUUCCUAAAGAAAUGGAUAGUCGGUCUCCAGGUAUGCGGUUCCUUGAACAAGAACAUGAGCGUGUCGGAGAGGAAGAAGGCAAUAAAGUUAUCAGCCGAUAUAGCCAUGGCUUCUGCAAGAAAUGGUAGCACCUGUUGGAGUCGUGCUCUCAUUGCCAAUGCUUCAAAACAAGACGCUAACAAACUAGUGGUGGAGCACGUAUUGGGUGACGACGAGUCUAGAAAGCUAACCAAGCAAUUGCCAGUAGGAACAUCAAUGGCGUUGGCAAGAAAGAUCAGGGUUAUCAGGAGCAAGAAGAAUAUAUUGAAGAGGAGGUCUGGUCCUAUGAGAAGAGCUGCAAGAAAAAGUAACAGUAGUCUAUCAAGUAGUUGUAUUGCGAAAAGGUUGGUGAGAAAGAGAAGUCAAGUAUUGAAGAGUCUGGUACCUGGAGGAGAAUUCAUGGAUGAAACCUCUCUGAUUGAAGAAACCCUGGACUAUAUCCUAUCUCUUCGAGCUCAGGUAGAUGUCAUGCUCAAGCUUGCUAAUGCUACUGAAUUAGUGACGAAUCAGAAAUAAGGGCAUGCCAUCAAUUUUUAUUUA